CGGACGAUGACCGCAUGUCCCUGACGACGGCAGUCUCCGAUGAAGAUGACGGUGAGAGCGUUAUGAACUCUCCUUACAAGGCGAAACAAACUGGCACUGCUGCUGCUUCGUUCAACUGCACAGGCGCCGUCAGAAAAGCAGGAUUCCUUAGCGUAAAAAAAUGGCUGCUCCGCAAAAAACACCAAAUCGAACUAGCGCGAAAACGAGGAUGGAAAGGUUAUUGGGUAUGUCUGAAAGGUACGACGUUGCUUUUCUAUCCAUGCGAUUCGCGGGAAGGGCGAUCAGUGGAAGCUGCGCCCAAACAUCUCAUAAUCGUGGAUGGAGCGAUUAUGCAGCCAAUUCCAGAGCAUCCAAAGCGAGACUACAUCUUCUGCUUGAGUACGGCCUUCGGUGACGCUUAUUUAUUCCAGGCGCCAUGUCAGGUGGAACUGGAGAAUUGGGUAAACAGCAUUCACAGUGCUUGCGCUGCAGCUUUUGCGAGGCAUCGAGGCAAAACGGGAACGCUGCAUCUCCUACAGGAAGAAAUAUUUAGACUAGAAAAAGCCAUAGAAACGGAUUACAAAUUAAAACAUAUGGCGGAGAUGCAGCAGUCAGUUGUCAGUGACAGUGACGCUCGUCAACAGAUAGCUAAUCAAGUAGUCCAGUGGGAAGAGAACCUAGAGAGACUACACUGUGAACAAUUUAGGCUCAGAUGUUACAUGGCUAGUUUACAAAGUGGAGAAUUGCCCAACCCCAAAUCGCUACUGACACACGUGUCUCGAGCAACGAAAAACACUCUGAACAAACUGGGAGUCUUUACAGUCUCAUCUUUCCAUGCGUUCAUCUGCGCCAGAAGUCCAUCUCUCCUGAAUAACUUACUCGCCGGUAGAGGAGCUACGAAGAGAAGACCUCCGAUGCUUAGCAGAUCUAACAGCGGAUCUAGCAGAAGAUCUCUACAAAUCAAUUCCCGAGACGAGAACGAGAAAACUGUAAAAGUUUCAAUGCCAGAUUCCAGCAUGGCGACGAUUUAUGUUCGGGAGUCCAUGUCGGUGGAAGAAUUUUUAGCGAGUGCCUGUGCCAGGAAAAAUCUCAGCUCCACUGAACAUUUUAUUCGGGUGCAAAAGAGGAAGGAUAUGGAAGACCACAACUACUUCGUGCCCCAUCGCAGUGACCUAAUUGAACCUUAUCUUCACACACAUGAGGUGGUAGAAGUUUGUGCGAAAAUUCUUUACCAAGUCGAGUUAUCAAGAAAUACUUUGGAACAAAUGUGGGGCUUCAGUGUUGAGGCAGAAUUGGUUGAAAAUGCUGAUCGACAAGACGAAUUAUGUUGCUACGUUAGCAGAGUGGAAGAUAAGAGCGUGGCUAUGCAGAAUGGUAUUAUCAAAAGCGACGAAAUUAUGGUGAUCAACGGAGCGAUAGUCUCAGAUUUAGACAUGAUGUAUCUGGAAAGCGUGCUUCAAGAAGAACUGUCUCUCUGUAUGAUGAUGCGCUCCUCACGAACCGAACCACCAGAUCUAGCAGGAAUACUCAGAGCAACGGACGAUAUUAUCGACAGUCUGGUCUGUCCACCACCUCCGUCAGAGCCGCCCGUCAUCAGCGAGGAGAUGAUCUCAGGGCUCAUCGUACCUGCCCCAGGUUGGAGUAAAGACCGCUACUCGACGGAUUCAGAAAAUCCACCUUCAUCGAUGACAGACUCGGGAAUCAGAGUCAGUUCCAGGACCAACUCUUUUGAAAUAGAGAAUUUGCUCAAAAGUGCCGAACAAGUGACCGGCUUCUGUCGGUCGCCAGUAGAAUCGAGGAAAACUAGCAGUCCGACCGGAAGUAUAGUCAGUAAUACUUCUCAGGCGGGUCUGACUCCUUCCAGACAACUUUCUGAUGCUGAAAAAUUGAGAAAAGUUAUUCUAGAGCUUGUGGAUACGGAAAAGGCAUAUGUUAAGCAUCUGAACAAUUUGUUGGAGAAUUAUUUAGAACCAUUGAAGAAGGAAACGUUUUUAUCAAACGCAGAAAUUAACGCCUUAUUUGGAAACAUCCAAGAAAUCGUUACUUUCCAGCGACAGUUUUUGAAUAACUUAGAAGAAGCGAUAGAACUAGAACAUGAUUUCCACAGAUUUGAAUUUAGUAGCCAAUUUAAGAACGUGCUGUUCUCAAUAGCCAGUUCGUUCCUUUACUACGUAAACCACUUUAAACUUUAUAGUUCCUUCUGUGCAAGCCACAGUAAAGCUCAAAAAGUUCUACAUCCCAACGAAGGCAAUCAGGCCCUUCAAGAGUUUUUGUCGGCUCGAAAUCCCAAACAGCAACAUUCUUCAACAUUAGAAUCUUACCUAAUUAAACCAAUUCAAAGGAUACUUAAGUAUCCCUUACUUCUUCAACAACUCGGCAACUUGACUGAUCCUGAUAGUGAUGAGCACCAACAUUUAUUAGAGGCCUUAAAAGGAAUGGAAAAAGUAGCCGAACAUAUUAAUGAAAUGCAAAGGAUACACGAAGAGUACGGUGCUAUCUUUGACCACUUAUUUAGGCAGCACCAAAAAUCUUGUAAACAAACGAUAGACCUCAGUCCAGGUGACCUUUUAUAUUAUGGAGGAGUAGAGUGGCUUAAUAUUUCAGAUUUCUUAGGAAAAAUUAAAAAAGGAUUGGAAUUGCACGCCAUGUGUUUUGUUUUUAAGACUGCCGUUGUAUUCCUUUGUAAAGAGCGACUAAGACAAAAGAAAAAACUUAUGGGCGUCGCCAGUAAAAGUUCGUCGUCGGAAGUCGAAAUAAUUAGGUAUCAGGUGCUGAUCCCCGUAACGGAAGUUCAAGUAAGAGCAUCAUCCGCGAAGGAUAUGGAUUCCCAUUUCCUUUGGGAAUUGAUACAUUUAAGGAGUCAAUUACAAAGGAGAUCCGAAAAGGUCUAUGUUCUCUCUAAUAGUACAGCAGAAUUUCGCAACGCAUUCCUAAAAACAAUACGACAAAUCAUCAGGGAGUCGGUUCGAAAUAUGUCAAUACCUCAAACUAAGCCAGGAGCGGGCCCAGGGAUUAUUUUGGUCACUGGCCACAAAGGCAGUAGUCACAUCAACAGUCAAACGUUGGAACGACCAGAACGACAACCGAGGACUGUUAUAGUACAAGGUUCACACACUUUAGGAAAAGUUAAGAAGGUGAAACCCUCACAGAGGAACUCAGCCGGCAAUAUAGAUUAUGACAAUAUCAGUACAGAAGCUGAUGAACCACCCAUGUUUAGGUCUAGGAGUAAAACAGUUGGAGAUACCGUAGAUCCACCUAAACGGUCUGACCACCACCAUCACGACAGAAUAGAAGCUGGAGCUAAAUCAGAAGGGGAAGAAGAUUCCCAAACAGGAACCAUCAAACCCAAAUCCGGUUUAGGCAAAACGCCGAAUCACUUAACACUCAGUACUACGUCAACGCUUUCAGCAGGCAGUACCGGUAGUCAAGCACGGCUGAUCCAGUCAUCACACGCCCCCGAGAACUUUCAUCCGAUGCAUACAGAAGAACUAGGGUCGCCCAUAUGGAAGCCAAGAGACAGUAGUAUAGAGGCGACCUCUACCACUCUCCCGCGCAAGGCCAGAGAUCACAAUUUGACGACCCUAAGUGCUUCGCGAAACGGCUUAGUAUGGUACCCAAAAUUCCCAAUGUGCGUUAGUGUAAAAUUCCCUAAUGUGCUUAAAUCUUAAAAAGGACUGUUUAAAAGUAAGAAAUAACGAAUUGUUAAAAUGUACACGGUUAAAAAUAAUUGUUAAAUAUUUGUGACUCUACCGACUGAAAAUUGACAAAACAUACUUUUUUCCUCAAAAGGAUUUUUUUCCGUUUUCUAUGUAAUUUAAGGGUUUAAAGCAACUUUUUGUCUUUUAAUAAUUCCAAUCUUUUCAGAUGAAGUUGUUGAACCAAAAAUAACACAGUAAAUACAGGGGAUUUAGAUAUAUGCAAACUUUAAUAGGACAAUUUUUAUUGCAUACGUAGGUACAAUUUUGUUAAAAGUGAUAAAGUUUAUAAAAGAAGUGCUUUAGGAGAAAUUAUUAUGCGAGAAAAUAUUUACAGGCAUUUCGUUUCUUGAUUUGAUUAAUUGAUGGAUAAAAUGUAAUUUAAAAAAAGUUACAAAAUAUGAACAAUUACCACGCAUAAUAUUGUAUAAAUCCAAAAUAUUUCUAUUUCUAUAUCUCCUGAUCCCGGUUUAAUUUGUCUUCAAAUAAUAAAUAUUUAUAACUUAUAUUUAAAUAAAAAUAAUAUAUAGUUCACUCAUAAUUUCCAUUCCUGUUUCUCCCACUAUCCUCUACUAUAUGACAAGAUCACCUAUCCUCCACUUGUGUUUUUUUUUUAAUUCCUGAACUUUUGAGCGUAAUCUUCCAUGAUAGUACAUUUUGAGAGCUUUCAUUAUCCUUUUUUCUCUGCUUGAUAAAUCAUUUUUCACCAUGGAUCGCUAUAUCUUACUAUUGAUUUGUAUAUGUGCAAUUGUACAUUCAUUGUUUAAUAGUUUUCCAGAGCAAUAGGUUUAGCAUUUUUAUGAUCGUUUCCACUGUACAAUUCUACUUUGUUUAUCUUUGCUACUCUCACUGAUAUUUAUUUUUAAGCUUCCAAGGUACUUAAAUAUUAUGUUACGAUUGGAUUAUGGAUUGACCGAAUUUCGAAUACUUUUCCACAAACUUCUGUACCAUCUAGCUUAUGUAGGCUUCGUUUUUCCAAUACAAACUCAAAAUUGAGUGGCUAGGUUUUUGCUUAGAAAAUUUAUCUAACCGUGAUACCAUAAUUUGCUAGUACAGUCCUACUACUUAGUUAAAGUCGAUGAUAAACUGUAGGUAUUGUAUAUAUGUGUACACUUAAUGAUACACAAUGCUGAUAUCUGCAGAGGACCUAUGUUUAAAAUUGGUAUGGCACAUUAAGAAAUUUUCGUCUGAAACAACCACUAUCUAGUCGUCUCCGAAUAAGAAUCUACCAACCUUGUGUACAAAAUGGAGAAGAUUCUUUGCAUAUUUUCUCUUCUUCCUGUUUGCCUUCUUCUUCUUCUUCUUAGGGACUCUUCUUCUUUUCUGAAGGUUGGCCACAAUUAUGACAAAUAUUUCUCUAUACUGUACUGUUUCUCAGUGAGAAUUGAGUGUUACAUCAAUACACUACAUGAUGAUUUUCAACCAUAAACAUCUUAUCUUACUUGGAACUCUCCUAUCUUUAAUUUUCUCCUGCAUAAACAACCUUUAGAACUCAGAAUGUCUUCUCCGGACAUACAGUCGGAAAAAUGAAAGAAUACCCAUGAACGAACAUAUAAAACACGCUGUAUUUUCCUGUCACCGUGUCACAAAGAAAAUUGUCCAGUACAAGUACAUGUAACUGUAAUUAUUACAUGUACUUGCGCUGGCCAAUUUUUUGUGUGACACGGUGACAGGAAAAUACAGCGUGUUUUAUAUGUUCGUUCAUGGGUAUUCUUUCAUUUUUCCUACUGUAUGUCCCAGAUAACUGGUUUUUCGGUUCGAGAUAAUGUUUAGAAGGUAAUUUUAUACAAUAAUGCCUUUCUAGUGAUAUAUUAUGUCAAUGGUACUUUCAGGCGUUUUCUGGAGACUUACAUCUCGAAAUCCUUCAACCUUUUUAUAUAUAGAAUUUCUUAGUUUCCUAGAAUCUAUACCUCAUUUCUCCAAACUCCUUCUUACUUUGGGGGGGGGUACUACGGGGGAUUUUUACCAAUUUUGACUAAUACUGUCUGUUCCCAAUACAAAGUUUUAAUAAAAUUAAUAUUUUGUUGGUCUAGUCCUUGUCUAGUGAGUAUGUCAAUGAGUUCGUGUGUUUUACUUGGUCAAACAUAAUUCCCAAUCAUUGACGAAGCAAAAACUGUUCAGCGCUUAAGUUUCGUAAACAUUGUAUGUUUAUUUGUUGGUAUAAGAUCGUUUUCAAAGCACGGCUCAUAAUGUUGAUCUUUCUAUUAGAUUUCUAAAUAAUAAUUGUAAUAUUAAUUUUUAUUUAUUGAUCUGAGGCUGCAGUAAAAUAAUUCUCACAACUUUGAGGUAAUUCAAGCCUAAUAUAGGGGGAACCUGCUUUUCUUUAAAAAGACAUAUUUGAGGAAAUGCUUUUGUCUAAUGAUUUGUCACCAUCUCUUUAAUGUCUGAUCUUAUUCAUGCUGCAUACCUACAUUUAGAAUUAUAGAAAAUUAUACAUUUGUAUUCUGCCAAGACUAAGAAAAAAAGAAGAAGUAGAUAUAGCAUAUUAUAAUGGUACUUCCAAGAAAAUUUCCAUAACCAUAGUUAAGGCCAAAAUAAAACCACAAAUGAUAGAUUUUUCUUAGUGUGUUUUAAGGGCAUUUUUUUCGAAUACUGAGAAAACUAAUAAAUAUUUUUGAAACAUUUAAACGCAGAAUGAACGAUUACGUUAUUACCGAGGGCCGAAAGUCCCUGAAAACUUCUAUAAUGUUUAUUUUAAUAAGUUACAGGGGUGAAAAACUAAAAGAAAAUUUAGUGUGAUUUUUAAUUUCAAAUAUGUCAUUCAAAAGAAACUUUUUAUUCAUUCUAAGGGUUUUUCGGCCCUCGGUAAUAAAGUAAUUAAAGUAAUUAAUUAAGGUAAUUAAAAUGUUUCAAAAAUACUUAUUAGUUUUCUCAUGAUUCGAAAAAAAAAAUGACUACAUUUAAAAUACAUUGAAAAUUUUGACAGGCGUCAAAAUUUUGCAUUUUGUUCUUUCCCCUUAAAUAGAUCAUACUGAAUGUUUAGUUUUCGGGAAGGCUGCAGAAAAAAUCAUUUUAAUGGCUUAUUUACGAUAACUUCUAAAUUUAAUAAAGAUCCAAAUAUUAAUUUUUAGACGAAUUAAAUUCUCCUUUCGAUUUCUCCUAAAGCACCAUUUUUUAUUCACACCUCAACUGCAUAUUCCUAUAAAAUAACGAUUUGUUGAUAUUAAAAUAUAAUUUAUUUGCCAUUAAAAAUGGUUUGACUUUUACAAGACCCUAUUGUAAUUUGAUGCAAUCAAGUGAAUCAGUAGAUAAAAAAUAUUUACAAGGGGAAUAAAAAUAUUUAUUUUAUAAAUCUGGUUUUUCAGUGUGUAGACGGAACUGCUGAGUCGGAAAAAUAAGGAAGUGCUAUACAGCGUUUAUUCUCAAGAUAAGCUAAAUAUAUAAAUUAAUUUCCAACCAAUGCGAUGAUAUAACACACCCACUGAUAUAUGUGCCCUCGAGCUUAUUUUGGGAGAGAACGUAGUAUGGAUAUGUUUUGCAAAAUAUAUAAAUAAUAUAUUAUAUUUUCUGUCAACAUAUUUUUAAAACUAAAAAAUAUUAUAAUAUUAAAUUUUUCGAAAUGACAGGCACAAAGGCAAAUUAUUUAUUGCAUACUUUGUAUAAAUAUUUUGCUGUACUAUGGUGCUCAUAGUUGUGUAUGUUAACGAAUAUAUUUUGAGCAUCCUUUCUUCAUUAUUGAUUGAUAAAUUCAUCAACAAAUAUGUAGUUCAAACCUAUCACAAAAUAUGUAAAUCAUCAUUUUUGAAACCUCUCGAUCAAAAAUCUAUCAUCAAAUAAUGGCAAGAUCAUCACCAUACGGAUAUACAUAUACGAUAAUAUUGAAAAUGUUAAAAGUAAAAUCAUGGUUAAAGAGGAUAUUUCGGCAGUCUGGCCAGUCUGCCAGAUAGUCUGGUUUUGCUCUUGAGUAGCACUCCAGUUCUUUUGAUGAUACCCUAUCAGCCACAUCUAAACCUCGUUUCUUGCAGUAUCUUUGAUGACACCACACAAUGGUAUGGUGGGCCUACAACGGUUUCUCGCAAGCUUUGUAUUGUCAAAUAAUCUGCUUGUUCAUUCCCAUACAUCCUUUCAUAUUAAAGACACUUGGGCACCCAUAUUAAAGAUAAUUUUAUUGUCUUCUGUCAAAUUGUUGAGAUUUUCUUAGUUUUCCACUAAUUUUGAUUUGGUGAGUGGGUUGUUUAUGACCAAAAUAGCCGCUUGGCUAUCUUUAUUAAUGUUAAAUCUCUUUGCUUUGGAGUAUCCAUUCAUGAUGUCAUCAAUGCAGGCCACCAAAGCAAAAACAUCAGCCUUUAACCAGGCGAAUCAGGAAAUAGGUCACUUUACACAUGAUGACGUCAUUUAUGAAAGUGAUGAUACAGUAACUAAAUGCAAAAAUUAGUGUAGAUAUUUACAAAAUAACUCAUUAAAUUCUUGAUUAGCUGCUUCAGAAAUCCGAAAUGUUGCAGAUAACUUUAACUAUACUGCCGUGCUAGGCCCAAAAGCGGUAACUGAUUUUUUAUCGAAAAUGAGAUUGUUGUAUUUCUAGGGUAGAACAGGGUAUUUAGAAUAUAUUUACAAAGUUCUUGGAGUUGCAGAAGUAUUAUAAUGGGUAUCUAGAAUAUAUUUACAAAGUCUUUGGAGUUGUAGAAGCAUUAUAAUAUAAUAAAACCUACCUAGAAAUACAAAAAUCUCAUUUUCGAUAAAAAAUCAGUUACCGCCUUUGGGCUUAGCACGGCAGUAUAAAUAGGAGACUGCUUUGUGCGCGUUAACGAAUAACAUAAAAUAUGGUGAUCACAAGUUGAUUCUUGUCAGUGGUAUAUAUGAAUUAUAACCAUCAAUAGAAAGGGUUAAUGCAUUCUGUAAAAAAUACGGCUUGAGCCUCAACUUCAGGAAUACAAAAUGGUUGAACUACGCUGUAAGAUUUAUUUCAAUUACAUAUUUGCUCAAAUAAUCCUGAUGCAGUAACAUUGGCAGUUUUUGAUGCAUUGGUGAACCAUAUUCUUAAGGACUUUUUCUGUAAAUUAUAUAAUUGUGUUAAUCUUCUCAAAGAAGAUUAGUUGUGGUUUCAUCAUAUCUGAGUUCAUCUUAAAGAUGAUAUCUUCAGGUAGAGACCUAGUAGUAGUUGUAUGAAUAUUCAAUACAUAAUUCGGUCUCCACGCAUUGCUUGCUUUAAUUAUCAAGAUGUAGACAAGUAAGGAUCUGUUUUUAGGUGGAUGUGAGAGGUGGCAUUCAGAUCUUUGCGGAUAAAGUUACUUGAUAACUUCGUUAAUAAUAAUUGAAUUAUGCUCGUUCUCAAAUAUGCC